AUGAAAGAUGAGGUUGUAAUUAUAUACUCAGAUGAAACCAAAAGAUCUUUUAAUUUUCAAAUUGUAGAAUCAAGUAAAGAUAUGAUAGAUCUUAAAAGUGAGAUAGCUAACAAACUAGAUAUAGUACUUGAGGUUAGUGAAGUAUCUAGUCAAGGAAAUAACAAAUAUAAGAUCAAAUUUGAUGAACUAAAAGUGCUAUUAAAUGAAGAAAAUAUUAAUGUUAAUCUAGAGGUACAAGAGUUACAAGAACCACUUCAAAAUAAUAAUAUUAAUCUAGAGGCACAAGA